AUGGCCACUGCUAUGGAAACCGAUAUUCCAGAACAAUUUAAUGCACCAAUUUCUGCUGAAGACUUUAAAAAUGAAGCAAACGAAAGUUAUAAACGUGGAAACUAUAGUCGAGCCGUUUCUUUAUAUACCCAAGCUAUAGGUGUUCGAGAUGCUCGAGAUCUUGAUCCAAAUACUCCAACAUAUUACAACAACCGAGCCGCUGCUUUGAUGAUGUUGAGGAAACCAAAAGAAGCACUAAGUGAUUGUAAAUUCGCAAUUACUUUGGAUCCAUCAUUAAUUAAAGCUUACAUUCGUUGUGCAAAAUGUAAUUUUUUACUUGGUAACCUAAGUGAAUCCGAAAGAAUUUAUAAACAAGUACUAAGCAUUGAUGAUACGAACUCACAAGCAAAAGCUGAAUAUGCGCAGUUACUCCAAGUUCAAAAUUACAUUCACCAAGCAGAAGUAUAUUUAAAAAAUCAGCAAUACGCUUUGGCAAUGAAUGCGAUUGAUAGAGCAGCGACCUCUUUGGAUGAAAUUCCAACCAAAUGGAAAAUAAUGAAGAGUGAAGCACUAUUAGAACAAAAAGAAUUUGGAGAAGCAGGAAGGAUGGCGAAUGAAAUUUUACGUUCAGAUCCAAAAAACCCCGAUGCUCAUGUGUUGAGAGCACGAAUAUUGUACAUCGAGGGUGAUAAUUUGAAGGCUUCCGCUCACUGUCAGGAAGCAUUGCGUUGCGACCCAGAUAAUUCAAAAGCUCCACUUGAAAGUCAAAAGAAGGCUGGUAACGAUGCUUUCAAAAUAAAGGACUAUAAAUCAGCAUAUGAUAUUUAUAGUGCAGCUCUUGAAAUCGAUCCAUCAAAUGCGGGCAUGAUGUCUAAGCUUUAUUCAAAUAGGUCAGCGGUUCUAGUUAAACUUGGAAAAUAUACUGAAGCAUUAAGUGAUAUGUGUAAAGCAUUAGAGAUAGAUCCUAAUUUUGUCAAAGUAUUAAGGAGAAGAGCAGAUACGUACAUCAAAUUAGAAAGAUAUGAGGAAGCUGUACAAGAUUUAAAACUUGCGAUGGAAUUGGAAAGUAAUAAUCCUGAAAUUCGUAAAGAAUUAAGAAACGCUGAAUUAGAACUCAAAAAGUCACAACGAAAGGAUUAUUAUAAGAUUCUUGGAGUAAGUAAAGAUGCAUCUGAGAAUGAUAUUAAAAAAGCAUAUCGAAAAUUAGCACUCCAACAUCAUCCUGAUAAAAAUUGUGGAGAUUCUGAUGCGGAAGUUAAAUUUAAAGAAAUUGGAGAAGCUUAUGCAAUUCUUGGGGAUCCAAACAAGAAACAAAGAUAUGAUAGUGGAGUAGAUAUUGAUGGAUUAAAUGGAUCAUCGGACUUUGAAGUAGAUCCUAAUCUAUUCUUCCAAAUGUUUAUGGGAGGUGAAAUCCCUAAUAUGGGAGGAGGUCCAAGGGGAGGAUUUGGUGGUAAUUCAGGAUUCCAUGGAUCUUCAUUUGGAGGAUUCUCUUCACAGGGUUUCCCAAGGCAAAGAUCUAGUGGAUAUCAUAAUGGAAAGCAUCAAUUUCACUUUGGAUAA